AUGGCCGGAAGUUCCCAAGAGGACAAAACGAAACUGGAGGUAUCCAUUCAGCACGAGUGUCUGCCGAGUAUUCUUCCUCUCGAAUUGUGGUCGGGUAUUGCGACGAUGGUUGCAUCGAAUUCGAUUGAGGAUCUGUUCAACAUGCAGGCGAGUUGCAGGUUAUUUGCAGCAGCAUGCAAUUCUGACGCCGUGUACAGGCACGCGUUGGUCUCGGUGUUGCCGAUCGCCUGCUUCCUCGACUACUCCGGUACGCCUGCAAUGACAUUUCUGCGUCGAUGCGCCAGAGCGCGGAACCCGGCCGCUAUGCUCCGCGUCGGGAUGUCCCAUUUAUUCUGGUGUGGCCACCGCAGAGGUGGUAUGCGGACCCUGACCGAGGCAGCAGACUUGGGCGAUGUGGAGGCCUACUACAUCGCUGCGAUGCUGCUUCUGUCGCUCGGUGACAAAACAGAUGAUGAGGUCCGCCGUGGAUUCGAAUUUUUUUGCGUCGUUCGUGACUCCGGCACAGUCGAAAGGUGCAGGGAGGUCUUCACGUAG